AUGUCCGAGGAGGACGAGGACCAGGCGGGGGCGCCGCCCAAGCGGCCGCGCGCGGCGUCGCCGCCUCCGCCGCCGCCGCCGCCCGACCAGGUGCUCGACAACGUGCUCGAGACGGUGCUCCAGUUCCUCAGGGCCCCGGGCGACCGUGGCGCGGCCUCCCUCGUCUGCCGCUCCUGGCACCGCGCCGAGUCCGCCACCCGCGCCUCCCUCGCCGUCCGCAACAUCCUCGCCGCCUCCCCGGCCCGCGCUGCGCGCCGCUUCCCCAACGCGCACCACAUCCUCCUCAAGGGCCGCCCCCGCUUCGCCGACUUCAACCUGCUGCCCCCCGGCUGGGCCGCCUCCGCCUUCCGCCCCUGGGUCGCCGCCCUCGCCGCCGCCGCCUUCCCCGCGCUCCGCUCCCUCUCCCUCAAGCGCAUCACCGUCACCGACGACGACCUCGACCUCCUCGCCCGCUCCCUCCCGCCCUCCUUCCGCGAGCUCUCCCUCCUCCUCUGCGACGGCUUCUCCUCCCGCGGCCUCGCCUCCCUCGCCUCCCAUUGCAGAGGGCUGCGUGUGCUCGACGUGGUGGACUGCGAGCUCAACGAGGAGGAGGACGACGAGGUGUCGGACUGGGUGGCGGCGUUCCCGCGGGGGCACACCGACCUGGAGUCCCUCUCCUUCGAGUGCUUCACCCCGCAGGUACCGUUCGCCGCGCUCGAGGCUCUCGUGGCGCGCUCGCCGCGCCUCCGUCGCCUGCGCGUCAACCAGCACGUCUCGCUCGGUCAGCUGCGCCGGCUCAUGGCGCUCACGCCCCGCCUCACGCACCUCGGCACGGGCUCGUUCCGGCCGGGGGACGGCGCCGAGGACGAGGGGCUCGACUUCGGCCAGAUGCUGACCGCCUUCGCGUCGGCCGGCCGGGCCAACUCGCUGGUCUCGCUCUCCGGCUUCCGUGAUCUCGCGCCGGAGUACCUGCCGACCAUUGCCACGGUCGCUGCCAACUUAACCAGCAUGGACCUGAGCUACGCCCCUGUCAACCCCGACCAAGUCCUGCUCUUCAUCGGGCAAUGCCGCAGCCUUGAGACGCUAUGGGUGCUCGACUCAGUGCGCGACGAGGGGCUCCAAGCCGUGGCGAUGUGCUGCAAGAAGCUCCAGGUUCUCCGCGUGCUCCCAUUGGACGCGCACGAGGACGCAGAUGAGCUGGUGUCGGAGGUCGGGCUCACCGCCAUCUCCGAGGGCUGCCGUGACCUUCGGUCCAUUCUCUACUUCUGCCAGAGGAUGACCAACGCCGCCGUCAUCUCCAUGUCGCACAACUGCCCCGAGAUGAAGGUGUUCCGGCUAUGCAUAAUGGGGAGGCACCGGCCUGACCACGUGACGGGGGAGCCGAUGGACGAAGGGUUCGGCGCCAUUGUCCGCAACUGCAGCAAGCUCACCAGGCUCUCCACGUCCGGGCACCUGACGGAUCGAGCGUUCGAGUACAUUGGCAAGUACGGCAGCUCCUUGCGGACGCUCUCCGUGGCGUUCGCCGGGGACAGUGAUCUGGCGCUGCAGCACAUCCUCCAGGGCUGCUCCAAGCUGGAGAAGCUCGAGAUAAGGGACUGCCCGUUCGGCGACGCCGGCCUCCUCUCCGGCAUGCACCAUUUCUACAACAUGCGGUUCGUCUGGAUGUCGGGCUGCAGCCUGACGCUGCAAGGCUGCCAGGAGGUGGCGCGGCAGCUCCCACGGAUGGUGGUGGAGCUGAUAAACAGCCAGCCUGAGAUCGAGAAGACAGACGGCGUCGACAUCCUAUACAUGUAUCGAUCACUGGAGGGGCCAAGGGAGGAUGUUCCACCAUUUGUGAAGAUCCUGUAA